AAGUGGCCUCCUUCAGGUGUCGAGGCGGCUGUCAGUGUGCCGCUGUUUCAGAUUCGUUUCAACUCGCGAAAGGGAAAGUUCGAGCAGCGGAUGAAGCUGCUGCCGCCUGCCUGUUCGCUGCUUGCCACUGGCCGCUAGUCAACUGCCACUUGCCACUUGCCACUUGCCACUUACAACCUGCCACAAUUGCGUGCCUCGAAACCAAGUCCAAGUGCGAGUAUUCGCGUACGCAUUCCACGAGUGUGUCGUGUUGUGUUCUGCUGUGUUUUGUGUUCUGUUGUGUGCUGUUCAAAUAUUUGCACAGGCAACACGGAUAAACGUUAACGUUAACGUUAACGAGCUGACGGUCAAGCUGCUGCACAGUUUUUUCCACAGCACAGUUUACGGCUUGAAAUUUUGCGGUUUGUUUUGCAUACUUUUAGGCGCCCAUCAACAAAGGUAUAUUUUGUAUGUGUUUGUGUGUGUUUACCAACAACAACAACAACAGCAACAACAGCAACAAAAAAACGAAAUGAAAACAAGCAAAAUACGUGUGCGGAAACUAAUUACAAAUUACAUGACAACGUUUUAGCCAUGUCAGCUCAUCGCUAUGCUAUGCAACCUAAUUAUGGCCAACAGCAUCAAUUGACAGCCAACACGACUUUGUACUUCAUUUCGACUGUUUAUUUCAGAGAGCGUCGCGCAUAAUCAUAGACCCCAGGGCCAAAAGGUCAAAUUUAAUGGAAAUUGACACACACUCAAAUAAUGUGUGAAACGAAACUCUUUUAUUUGGUUUUUGUCUCCUCCUCAGUCGAACAUUGUCGCCAUAAGUUGUAUGCUAAUCUUUUUUGAUUGGAUUUAAAAUCAAUUUACUAAGCUCAACUUAAAGUCGAGUAUAAACAUAUCGCAAAAGUCGCAACGGUGAAACUUUGAAAAACUUUUCAAGUGCUGCUGCUACACGUUAUAUAAAUGUAAUGCGAGGAGGAAACGUGACUAAAAUUACUUAAAAAAAAAGAGAAACGCAGAAAAUGAAAUGAUUUAAAAAUGUUGCAAACAGCAAAACGGGGCAACCGGGCAACGUUGCCAGCGGCAGCAACGUUAAUCAGCACUCUUAUUUUCGCUGCAUUAAUAAUUCAAACGCAAGAACAACAUCAACAAGCAACGUCGCCGCCGCCUCAGCCACAACCGAAUGCGGCGAAUAAAGCUCAGCCAGUUCACGAACCCAACGCUGAGGCGGACCGCGUUGUGGUGAAUAACGCAUCAGUCGAGACGCGCAGUGCAAAUGAUACAGUGCAACGUUUGCCUCGCAGCGUUUUCCAUGUGCGCUGGAAUCCCAAUGAGAAGUUUAUUGUGGAGAGCCGCGAGAGUCCGGCGAUUAACUCCUCGAAAUUGGCGCCUCCUCCGCGUCUAAAGGUGUCGAAGAACACAAAGCUAACGCUUAGUCCAAAGCUGUAUCUAUGCCACGACAAGUAUGCGGAGCAGUGUCACAAUAAAACAGCUGCUUUCAGGCAACGCAUUGUGCAGGUCUUUGAACGUUCGAUGAAGGAGAAUCUCAACGAAUCCAAUCAUUACAAUGUGGACUAUAAGCCAGUGUUUGGCGACAGCUUUGAGGAGCAGUAUUAUCCCUCCACGUGUUUAGUUAUGGAGGCGGGAGUUCGUGUGCUGCGACGCAAGGAUAAGCCCUUUAAUAAGCUGCCCUUUGGUCGCCUGUUUCCGCGUCAGAAACUCUUUCGCGAUGCCAAGAACAUCAAGAGCUGUGCAAUUGUGUCAAGUGCUGGCUCACUGGCCGGCUCUAAGCUGGGACGAUUCAUAGAUACGCACGACAUCGUGAUGAGAUUCAAUCACGCGCCAACCCGAGGACACGAGGUGGAUGUUGGCAGCAAAACCACAAUACGUGUUGUGAAUUCCCAAGUGGUUACCAAGCCCGAGUUUGACUUUGCGCAUGCGCCCAUCUUUCGCAACGUGACCAUCGCCGCCUGGGAUCCUGGUCGUUACAAUGGCACCCUCGAGGAUUGGCUGACGAGUGCCGACUACGAUCUGUUCACCAACUAUGAGAUCUAUCGCCGUCGAUAUCCCAAAUCACGCGCCUUCCUCAUCGAUCCGCAUUCGGUGUGGCGUCUCUGGCAGAGUCUGCAAAUGUUUGCCGGGAAUCGCGUCAUUCGUCGUAAUCCGCCCAGUUCCGGGUUCAUAGGCUUGGCGCUGCUGUUGCCUCAUUGCCCCCAGGUGGACUUUGUCGAAUAUGUGCCCUCGACGCGACUCAACGGACGUUGUCACUACUACAGCAAAGAGAUGAACUCCGCCUGCACUUUUGGCUCGUGGCAUCCCUUGGCAGCCGAGAAACUGAUGGCGCUGGACAUGAAUGUGGCCGAUGAUAUGUCCGUCUUCCAGUUUGGCAUAUUACGUAUACGUCGACCGGACAAGCUGCUCUGUGGCUUCAACUUUUUCGGCUACUGAUGGGAUCGCGAACACACAGCCAGCAGCUGUCGUCAGGUUCCAUUGGGGACAAUCAACGUGCAUUUAAUCAAGCGGUUUUCACACAAGCGAACAACUCAUGUUUCAAGUACUAGCUUAAAGAGUCAUGCUGCAGUUGCUGCAGUAGUAUUUGCAAUUAAUAAACUUGUAUUUGCCUAUACUCCCGUAGGAGUGUGUGCGAUUGUGGGUGUGGCAGAGCAGCUCACUACAGAGCAGCUCAGGCGGAAGUCGGAACACCCUUGAGGCUUGAGACGGUGGCGAUUCGCCCACGCAAAACGCUCUCAACAGACAAUGGAGCCAGUUAAGUGCAUGUCGCACUUGAAUUUGAUUGUUGGUUUGUUUGCUUCCAGCGCAUCCCGCGAAGCCACAAAGGCAACUACAGUAACUUUUAAGGAGUUUCAGAAGAU